UGGCAAUUCAAUUGGCUGUAAUCCACGUGAGGAGAGAAACUGGUAUAAACAGACGCGAGCAUGACGAUAAUUCUCAUAAGUUACAACAGAGAUGUAAGUUGGUUGAACAGUAAUUUACUUCCGAUAAUAUGCGUGCAGCAUUAUGUUAAACAACAUCUCUCGUUCUCAUUUACGUGAAAUAAGAAAAAAAAAUAAGUGAAACAAAAUGCUAAAACUGUUAGAACAAGGCCUGCUGGAAGAGGUUAAAUCGGAACUUUUGUAUACGGUAAACGAAUGCUCCCAGCGUGGUUUACUGCACAGUGCCAAAUGGUCAGCCGAAUUGGCUUAUUGUUUGAACAAUGUGAAGGCGUACGAUAUGACGUGCAACGUUCAGGGAUACAAGAUAACAACAACAGAUUCGGACGCUUAUGUUUUGGCUAAAACGUACUUCGAUCUGAAGGAGUACGAUCGAGCGGCUUACUUCACGAGAAAUUGCAACACCGCGAAAGGCAGGUUUCUGCAUUUGUAUUCGCGUCACUUGUCGGGAGAGAAGAAGAAACUGGACGACAUUAUGGACGUGCCACCGGAUCCUACGAAGAACGACAGUCUGAAACUGCUAUGUGCCGAUCUGAGAAAGGAUUAUCUGGCUUUGAAGUUGGACGGUUACGGAUUGUAUCUCUUUGGUAUGACACUGAAAAAGUUGCAACUUCUCAAAGAAGCAAAGGAUAUUCUGUUGGAGUCAAUACACAAAGAACCGAAGCACUGGGGCGCCUGGUUAGAACUGACCGCAUUGAUCACAGACAGAGAGAAGUUGGAGAGUUUAAGUUUACCGAAACAUUGGAUGCAACACUUCUUCAUAGCGCACAUGUACUUGGAACUGCAGCUCAUUGACGAGAGUUUAGAAAUAUAUUGUCAAUUACAAAAUACAUUUAAGACAAGUCCUUAUGUACAGGCCCAAACUGCAAUCGCAGUGCAUUACAGAAGAGAUGUAGACAGCGCGUUAGAAAUCUUCAAAACAAUAACAGAAGAGGAUCCUUACUGUCUCGACAACAUGGACACAUUUUCCAAUUUGCUUUACGUAAAGGAACUGAAGGUCGAAUUGGCUUAUUUGGCGCACAGAGCCACCGAGAUAGAUAAAUAUAGACUGGAAACUUGCUGUAUAGUGGGAAAUUAUUACAGCUUGAGAGGUGAUCAUCAGAAAGCAGUGAUGUAUUUUCACAGAGCAUUGAAAAUAAAUCCGCAAUAUUUAUCAGCCUGGACGCUGUUGGGUCAUGAAUUUAUGGAGAUGAAAAAUACUAACGGCGCUAUCCACAGCUACAGACAGGCAAUAGAAGUAAAUAAACGAGAUUACAGAGCGUGGUACGGUCUGGGUCAGACGUACGAGAUUUUAAAAAUGCCGUUUUACGGACUGUAUUAUUACAAACAAGCCCAACUCUUGAGACCCCACGACAGCAGAAUGAUUCUGGCUUUGGGUGAGGCGUACGAGAAGCAAGAUAAAAUUCAAGACGCGCUCAAGUGUUACUAUAAAGCGUGCAACGUGGGCGACAUAGAAGGAAUGGCGCUUUUAAAGUUAGCAACGUUGUAUGAGAAAUUAGGAGAACACGAUAACGCGGCGGCGGCUUACAAAGAUUUCGUAACGGACGAAUACCGAGGUGUCGAUAGAAGAGUCGAGUCAACUGAGCUGAGUCAUGCGUACAAGUAUCUCACGCAGUAUCAUUUAAAAAGAGAAGAGUUGGAUCAAGCUAAUCACUAUGCGCAAAAAUGUCUUGAUUUCGAUGAAACGAAAGAAGAGGCUAAGGCAUUGUUGAGAACGAUCGCUGAGAAAAGAGCUAAGGUAGAAGAAACUAUGAUGGUGGACAGCAUGAACGAAACGAAUCCUGUAAUCGAACAGAGAACACGGCCUGAUACGACAGUUGGAAGUCAAUUGUCGCCGAUAAAUCUCUCGUUUACAUCCACGCCAUAAAAGAAAAUAAUUUUCUCGAGUUCUACUCGGCUCAUCUUUAUGUGAUUUAUGUACACAUAUAAUAUAUUUAAUAUUAAAUAUUUUAUUACAUGUCUAUAUAACAAAUGUGUAUUUUAUAGGCCUGUCGCAUUAAUUCGAUUUCUAGACUUCACUUAUCAUCCGGAAGUGAACGCGUAUUUGAGUUUACAAAAUUAUUACUGACUCUCUUUUCCGCUCAUGCGGCAACUUAUCAUAUUUUUCUUGUUUUGUUGAACAAUCGAGUAAACUUCUUUGAUUGAUUUGUUUCACAAUGAGGUUUUGGUCUCCUCGUAAACAUUGUAGUUUUUUUUUGUACGCGAAGGCUUUUCAUGUUCUUCACAAAUUUGGCGCGCCAUCUAACGGGGUAUUCACGCGUGCUCGCGCUAGUUAAUCAAGUUGGAAGAAUAGGAGUUUAUUACCAUUGACUGUGAGGUCUGUGAGUCCACGUGAUUUUUUUGUAUUUAUAUAAUUGUUUAGGAACAAAUAUAAUAUAAAAAAAAAAUG